AUGUUACCGAAGAACUGGACAACUAUCACUGAGUUUAUCAUUGUGGGAUUCCCUGGACUCCAUCCAGACUAUUACGGCCUGGUCUCUGCCAUUUUUUUUGUCGUCUACAUGACCACAGUGGCCGGUAACACUGUUUUCCUGGUCCUGUUUAUCACGUCGGAAAGACUCAGGAAGCCUAUGUACAUCAUCCUUGCAAACCUGGCAAUGUCUGACAUGUGUUUUUCCACUGUUGCCUUACCUAAAAUCAUAGCCAGGUACUGGUUUAAUGCUGGAGCAACCCCUUUCCAUGCUUGCUUCUUCCAAAUGGAGCUAAUUCACUAUUUUGGGACAUUAAACUCUCUGAUAAUGAUGAUCAUGGCUCUCGAUCGCUAUGUGGCUAUUUGUUAUUCUCUGAGAUACCAGACUGUUAUGACUAACCGCAUCACGUACAUCCUAAAUGCAACAGUGUGGGUAACUGCCUUCAUCGCUCCCACAAUAGCCACCCUGCACUCUCAACAGCUUCCUUACUGUGGCCCUAAACUGAUUGUUCAAUGCUACUGCGACCACAUCUCUAUUAUCAGCCUGGCCUGUGCUGAAAACAGCAAGCAGAUAUUGGUGGCCUUGUGCGUGGCCCUGCUUGUGCUCCUUCUCCCUCUGGCCUUCAUCAUUUACUCUUACUGUCACAUCAUAGGGUCUGUAAUGAGGCUGUCGAGCUCUCAGAGUCGCUGGAAAAGUUUCGCUACCUGCAGCACACAGUUGUGCAUUAUCGCUCUGUUUUAUGUGCCUCGCUGCGCCGUGUAUAUAGCCAGUUUCCUGCAAAUCCAAAUCAGCAGAGAUUUCAGGAUACUUCUUAUAUUGCUUUACAGCCUCAUUCCACCACUGAUAAACCCCUUCAUCUAUUGUUUACGUACUCAGGAGAUCAGGAUAAUUGUGAGCCAGUGGGUGAGCAGGCAAAAGACCUUUAGAGAGAUGUCCAGAAUUAAUGUGAUCACUCUAUAAACAAAAUUUUUCUGUGGAGUUUUAAUAGGAUCAACCUUACAAUGAUUUACUGUACGUGAAGCAACUGAAUAAAUUCUUGUGAUUUGUAACUGUUUUUUAAUGUUGUAUUGUGAAGUAUUCCAGUGAAAUCUGGUGGUUCCAAUCAAAGUCCUUUAUUCUACAGUCUUUUUUCCAAGAAAAGAUGACCAAAACAUCUGUUUUGUUAUGAACAACAGCAUCCAUAAUAUUAGCUCCUUUUGUAAGUACAGCAUGUAAAACAGAUCAGUACAU